AUGAUGCGAUGGCUGCACGUCGCUGUCAUGGCCGGGAGCUGCCCCGUUCCGGUCUUCUCUGCCACCUCUGCCAGCUGCCUGUCACACAGGACUCGCCAGGCGAUCGAUGAGGAAGCUCAUGGAGAGCAAAGCAUGCAGCUACUGCAGCAUGCACGGGACCGCCACGGACGGCAACGGGUCCCUCCCAGUGGCUUUUUCAAUACGUCGGCCAUCUUAGCAGACAGCCCUGGAGGUACUUUCCUCUCGCGCAUGGCUAUCUUGGUUCAGGCUGUCGGUCUGACGUACAAUACCACCACCCCGAAGUUUCAACCGGGGUUGGCUGAUGCCAACAUAUCUUCAGGUGCUGGUACCUGGUUUCGAAAGAAGCAGUUCGAUCGUGACCCGGAGAAGGGUGGCGUCUUUGCCAGAGUCUUUGCAAACGACGAGCUGCAUUCGGCCAUCAUCGUCUUCAAAGGCAUCUGUGACACCAUAGGCCUCGAACAAUGCACCAUUGAUGCAUGCAAGCUCAACAGCAUCGGAGCCUACGGAGAGCUCUCGGAGGGCAUCGCUGCAGUGUUCGGAGCAGACGACAAGACAUGCGAAGGCUACAGGGAACACCUGAACUUCGUGGAGCAGGCUUUGAGUUACGCUGCCGCGGUCCGCAGCGCGCUAGAAGACUACGAAAUCAUCCUGACGGGGCACUCCCUCGGAGGCCUGCUGGCGAUUGUCACGGCUUCGCAGCUUGGCCUCCCAGCGCUGACUUUUGCACCGACUCCUUUCCACAACGUUCUGAAGCAGGAGUUGAACCUCACCGACGAGCAAAUCUCUGGCAUGGACUCGGACGACCUGGUGGCAACCUGCGAUCCUUUCGAUUGCGGCAUCAACUCUGUCUACGUCGACGAUGCACGACGUGGCUCCAAGACAUGUCUUUACAUGGAUACGGAUGAGCCAUCCCCUUGCAAGUCUUUGCCGUCGUCCCCGUAUGAAGCAGAAGGAUGGCGGGAGAGGUUGCACACGAACGGCUCCAACCUUCUCCCCGCCGCGCACAACCUGCUUUGUAAGCUGAGUGCUCACAAAUGGCCUCGGUACGAGGAGAUUGUGCUGAAGCAAGAGGCGGAUGGUACGCCUGGCAAUUUGCCGGUCUGCAACACAGACUACAGCGUUCUAGAUGUGAAUGAAGGCAUGUGGCAGAAGCUGGAUUUUCUGCGUGCAUGGCUCGGACGCUAUCGGCCGAACUAA